CCCUGCUCCCCCGCCCUGUCCCGCCCGCCUCACUCCCGCCCCAGUCCGGCCCGGCUCUCCGGCUGCGCGCUCCAGGCUGGGUGCGAGCCAUGGGCAGCGGUAGCAGCCGGAGCAGCCGGAUCCCGAGGCGGCGGCGCAGCCCUGACAGGCGCCAGGCGGACCCGGGAGAGGCAACCUCGGAGGGCGGUACAGCUGACCAGGCCCUGAAGGCCGUGAGGCAGGAGGAGACCGGCCCCGAUCCCCGCCCCACGACGCCCCCCGGCGGCCGGGAGGAGACCUUGCGCCUGUUGGACCAGUUGCUGGCCGAGUCCGAGACCUGGGGGACCCAGGAGCCGACCCCACGAGGCCCCGCCCGGCUUUCACCCGCGGUGUCCCCAGAAAAGAAGACGAAGGACGACCCUGAAGAGAGCUGUACCCCUGAAGCCCCAAGCAGCAGCCACAAGAGACCCGAGGGGCAGUCGGCCAUCUCCUACGAUUACUCCGAGGAGGAGCUGAUGGCGAGCAUCGAGCGGGAGUACUGCCGCUGAGCUGGCUGAGCAGUCUUGGUUACCACUGGCCAGGCUUCGCAGGCCUGUGAGCUGGGCUCCUGUUAGGAGGGUACCACCUUUUGCUCCACCUGUGACCUGUGAGCUGGGCUCCCGUCAAAGGGUACCACCUUGCUCCACCCAGGCCUGUGAGCUGGGCUCCCGUUAGAGGGUACCACCCUGCUCCACCCGUGGCCUGUGAGCUGGGCUCCCGUCAGAGGGUACCACCUUGCUCCACCCAGGCCUGUGAGCUGGGCUCCCGUUAGAGGGUACCACCCUGCUCCACCCGUGGCCUGUGAGCUGGGCUCCCGAUAGAGGGUACCACCCUGCUCCACCCGUGGCCUGUGAGCUGGGCUCCCGAUAGAGGGUACCACCCUGCUCCACCCGUGGCCUGUGAGCUGGGCUCCCGUUAGAG